AUGAGCGCGGAAGAGAUGAAGGCGCCGGCCUUGGCGCUGGCGGGGGAGAGCGACGACCAGCGGUGUGGAGGCGUCCGCGAUGCGCCCGGGUGCGAGAACGACCUAGGCGCCAUCGACCUUGCCCGCUUCGCCAUCGAUGCGCACAAGAAGAAUGCCUUAACUACCCUUGCUCCUGUCCUCCUCUCUGGGCCAUUUGCAAUUAAUCCGGCCGGCGACAUAGCACCCGCCGAGGCCGCGCCGCCGCCGCCGAUCUCCGCAAGUCGCGCUGUCAGGCUUCCUGUUUGCGCUCGCCUCUCGCCGCGCCGCAUCAUCGUCCACCCGCGCGCCGCCGCCAUCAGCGCGGAAGAGAUGAAGGCGGCGGCCUUGGCGCUGGCGGGGGAGAUCGAUCUGCGGUGUGGAGGCGUCCGCGAUGCGCCCGGGUGCGAGAACGACCCAUGCGCCAUCGACCUCGCCCGCUUCGCCGUCGAUGCGCACAACAAGAAUGCCGAUGGAAGUUGCGUUUGCCGAUGGCCGCAUGCAUGUCAGCUGGAGUUUGAGAAGCUUGUAAAAGUGAAGGAGCAACUGGUGUCUGGCACGCUGUACUAUUUCACAAUCGAGGCGAAGGAUGGGGAGGCCAAGAAGCUCUACGAAGCAAAGGUCUAUGAGUGUCCAUGGAGGAACCUUAUGGAGCUGCGGGACUUCAACCCCGCUGAUUGCUGAAGAUUUUAUGCAUGUCUUGCAUGGAUUCUAUCAUGCUACCAAUCAAAUAGAUGAAAUUUCACUAUUUGAUACAGCAGAACAGUAUCUCUUUUCCUAGGUCAAACCCCACCGGAUGUGCAGACGUUUUUAUCCCUCGUUCGUGGUGAUAGUGACAAUUUAAUGGGCGUUUAUUUUCUGAGUACAAGGGUUUACAUCUACAUGAGGUACAUCUGUGAUUUGGCUAGGAAAGUUCUCCGAAGAGCAUGCUUGCUGCAUCAGAAAUGUUUUGCUCUGUUCAGGCUUGAAUGGUCGCAAAAAAAUAUUAAUUGUUAUUCGCCCUUCAUGUCAGAUGUACAAUUGCCCAAAAGAAGAAUGUGCUGAUGUUUUGUUCCAUUACAGACGAGGUUUUGGAACUGGUUAGUGGUUGUGGUGCUGCGUUUUGAAGAAACAUCACCUGGAAUUUUGAGACUCUUGUAAAGGUGAAGCAGCAAGUGGCUGCUGCCACGAUGUACUACGAUCUCACAAAAGGACAGGGAAGUCAAGAAGCUCUCUGAAGCUAAGGUCUUGGAGAAGCCAUGGAUGAACUUUCGGGAGCUGAAGGACUUGAAGCAAGCCUGCUGAAUUCGACAAUUACACCUGAUGUACAUUUAUGCACGCAUGGUUCACAUGAGCACUUCUAGUUCAUGCAGC